UGCUUAUAGCUAGUUAAGUGUUUCAGCUAAAAAAUCAUAUAGUUCCACAAUGUCUCAAUCUAAAGAUUAUACAAUAACAUCUAUACACGAUGCUGUUAGAUUUAAAAAUGUACACGUUAUAGAAUCGUUAUUGAAAAACGGCGCUGAUCCGAAUAUUGUAGAUGAUCAAGGUCUGACAGCACUGAAUUUGAUUUGUUAUCAACCCGAUUUGAAGGAGGUCCAAUUUGAAAUGAUUCGACUUCUUAUUCAGUACAACGCUGACGUUAAUAUCUACGAUAAAGACGGCUAUAAUCCGAUGAUGAACCUUUUUGUCGAAGCUUCUAACGAUACAGAAUUCCAUAUGCGUAUUAAAGUAUUUAAAUUACUACUUGAGAACAAAGCCGAUGUCACACACGUUAAUAACGAUGGUGAUACAAUAUUACACGUAACCGUAUGGGAUGCAGAGAAUCCAAAAAUUGUAGAAGCAGUUGAACUGCUGUUGAAAUAUGGUGCUGAUCCAAAUGUAGUUGAUACAGAAGGCAUGACACCUUUAAAUCUUAUAUGUGAUAGUUAUUAUUCAAAUAAUGUCCGAUUAAAGUUGAUUCGACUAAUUAUCCAAUACAAAGCCGAUGUUAAUAUCAAAGACAAAAAGGGUAAUAGUCCAAUAAUGACCAUUGUUGCCAAUUGUGACUAUUAUAACAUAGAAUUACACAUGAAGAUAUUUACAUUACUACUAGAAAACGAUGCCGAUGUCACUAAUAUCGAAUACGAAAAUGGACAAACUAUAAUGCACAAACUCCUUCACCUUUCAUCAUGGAAUCCAUGUAUUGUAGAAGCAGUUGAAUUGCUAUUAGAACAUGGAGUGGAUGUAAAUAUCCAAACUAUAAGUGGACUUACUUGUUUGCAUUUAGCUGUUUACUAUCAAGAUCUGGAAUUGGUUGAACUGCUAUUGGAAUAUGGCGCUAAUUUUAAUAUUACUGAUCUCGACGGUAACAUACCUUUAAAUUAUACGUUUAAAAAUUUGAGGUUUAAGGAAUUCGGUGUUACAUUGGAUUUCGAAAAAAUUUUACAAUUAGUGAUGCUUCACGUUGAGAACAAUGCUGACCUCACGUGUAUGAGCAAAGAUGGAAAAACUGCAUUGCACUCACUCGUCAUAAAUUUAAGUAUGUAUACAUCGAAACAUUAUGAUAACAUGGAUUUUGAACCGAUGAUGAAAUACGUGCAUAAAUGUAUUAAAAUACUUCUAAAAAAUGGAUUAGAUGUUAAUAUUCAAGAUCGAGAUGGACGUUCCCCGCUUAAUGAAGCUGUGUCAUACUGCAAUUAUAAUUUAGUCAAAUUUCUUAUAGAACACGGCGCUGAUAUGUCUACUGUACGAUUCAAAGGUGGAUUUCUGGAAGGCCAAUCUAGCGUCUUACGAAAUCUGAAAAUGACUCAAAACAUAUUAGCUAUUGUUGACUUUUUAGAAAGCAAAGGUUUUCAAAUGAACAAAGAUCAAUGGUUAUUAAUAUGUCAAUUUUUGAUUAGAUUUGAUUUGCCUGAUGAGACUAAAUUCAAUACUGUAUGUUACGUAUGGAAGACUUUGGAAUUUGGUUCUGAUUUAAUGAUUAAAAAGUUAGUAGAAAAGCUUCCCUCGAUGGAUUGGAAUCGAAGUAUUAAAGAGAUGAUAUAUGAGACUGUUCAUGAACAUCUAUAUACAGUAGAACACGGAAAAAUAUAUAUGGACGUGGAAAUACAUAAUUAUUUGCGAGAGAAGUUAAAUUCACCGGCUGUUCAAACAAUGGUUGAAACGUCUUACCAAUUUGAAGAAGAGAUUAAAGAAGAAAUUGAUGAAGCUAAGAGGACAAUGAUUGGCAAUAACAUUUCACUUUUAGACCUUUGCACUUCUAGUCCCGAGAAAACAUAUAAGUUAUUGAAAAAUUGUGAUUAUAAAUCAGUAGUAAACUCCGAAGAUUUUAUCGACGAUUUUUGGAUAGUCGGAAGAACAAUUAAAGGGCACAUUAUAAAAAGUUUAGUUAGAAGACUAAUAACACAAUUGACAUCUGACUGUGUUCCUUUAUUAACUAAAGGUGUUUUACCCGAUUUAUGUUGUGAAAAAAUCAUCAAAUAUUUAGGUAAUGAAGAUUUGUUAUCUUUAUACGAAUCAGUUAUAGAUGAAUUAUAA